UGGGCAUCUUGGCCGGUCCAGUAAACGUCUUCGUGCAGCCACAUCACCAUAAAGAAAAACAUCGAAGGCGGACAGUUUACGUGUGAACCGAGGCACUGGCACGUCGUGAUAAAAUUUCAGGUUCAAAGAGCCUGCAUCGCAUGAUUCGAGUUAUUCGAUCAGGAGGAUGAGGCUCGCGGCCUUUUUGUUGAUAAUCAUCGGCACAGGGACGGUUGAAAUAAGAGAAACGAGCAGCAAACCAGCCGGAUCGAGCGAAGAGACUGCCUCGUCCGAGGAGAGAUUUGGCGUCGUAAAACGCGAGGACUCGACGAGGGUUUACUUGGAACAAUGCAGCAUCGUCAAAUUUCAAAACGCCCGACGGGGUUCCGUGAGCGUUUUGGCCUUUCUGGAUGCUUCGUGGCCUUACAGUCACAGGCAGGCGCUAAUGCUCGAGAUGCUGCGCAGCCGUCUACGAAAAUCGGGCCUAACGGACAUACUAUUUUUCGUGGUUAACGUCAGUCCAUAUUUUCCACGAAAAAUCGACACCGCCAAAGACGACAUCGAGCGCGAGGUCUGGCUCGAAGUUUCGCCCGACGAGAUCGAGGGAUUCUCGCGAAUCAAUAAAACUUUCGACUCUCUGGCGAGCAGCAUCGAUUCUGGUAUCGAACUCAUUCAGGACGACGAAGAACUCGGGAUUUGGAAGGAUCUCGGGGGCUCGAGGGAUCAGGUUUUGGUCAUCGAUCGCUGCGGCAAGCUGACCUACCAGGUCAUCGUGCCCUGGAGCAUCUUGCACUUCCCCUACGUGAAGGCUGCGAUCUUGUCGACUUACAACGAGCACCCGUGCGGGCUGUGCGAGAAGAUGGAAAAUCUUGAAGAGCCCUCGAGCACGGUGGGGAGUGUCACGACGAUCGUGGACGGUGCGGAGAGGGGCGAGCCUCCGAUUGAGAAUUUCGUCUCGAGCUCGGAGAAUUCUCAGACUGAAGCAGCGACGUCGGCUUCGAUUUUUUUUCCGAGCACCGUUGCGACGACGGUCCCCGACUCGAGGCUUCCUAAUCUUAUCGACGAAACACGGGAUCGCGACGGAGCGGAGCUCGUAAGAGAAAAAACCGAAGAAACGACCACUGAGAUCAAAGUUUCGACGGUCCAGGGUGCUCGGGAGGUCAGCACCAUUUUUCCGCAAGUCGAGGCUUCCGGUAGCGGCGAAUCGGCCACCGGAAUCGUCGCUCAAGCUCCCGAUUACGAUCCCGCCGUUUUUCAUCAAGAGGAGAAAAAUCCUGACUCGGAAACGCCGGAGUUUGCGGAGGGGAGUACGCAAGACGUGCCGGAAUUCGUUUCGACGGAAGCUGCGAGCACAACGCUCCGAGACUCGUUCGACUUCGGCUCCGAAAGCCCGGAUUACGCCACGACGGAUGCGUACUCGAUCGACGACUCCGCGAAUACGACACCGGAAACCAUUUCUGAAGAUGGUGGUUUUACUACCGACUCGAGGCUCCGAUCGGCCGAAGACUCCAGCGGCUUCGAUCCCGGAGCUGUGGAAUUGAGCACAGCCAGAAAUCACCAAGCCAUGGGAGACGUUUGGGAGUCAACUACACCGGAAACGCUGUCGUUGGUGGAAGCAAGCACUGAAACUAUUUCGAAGAAAAAUGAAGAAAGCGAGGAUGCAACGUGGCACGUACCAAUCCGAAUAAUCAUGCACGCUCCCCACUUCCACGUGGACGUCGAUUCGACGAGAAUGCACGAGUACCUCGUCAUGAAAACCGGAAGUACCGAGACUCACGGACAUUUGGCCUCCCACGACGCUACCAGGCUCUACAACGGUCCUCAGGACCACCGAGAACCCAGAAUCCCGGACUCGGCUGCCGCGGAAAUCGAGCGGAAAAAAUGGCCCAUGAGGAACCUCAUUUUUACCAGGAACGAGAGCACCGGCUUGUUCGGCGAAGUCGCCGACUAUUGGAGAGACCCGAGCAGCCUUGACAGUUACGACGAAUCGGAAGAAACCGAACGACCCGAUCAGGAGCGGAUUUAUGAGGAGGGACUGACCAACGGGAAACUGUGGGACCAAUCGUCGACAGACAAAAAUGAAAACUCGAAAGCUCUUGCGGAGAGUUUGACAGCUGGGGCGGUGAGCGAAACGGUAACGGAAGUCCAGCCGAUUGCGAAAACCGAAGAAUUCGACUCCGAGGAGGAGGAGACGCAAAAUAGACUAAUUGCCCAUUACAGUAAACUGUUGCCUUGGAUUUACUACGUUCUCGAUUAAUAAAGCCUAGAAAAAGCAA